AUGAGCCAUGCGCUGGUGUUCAUCGAACAGAAUGCGGCCGGGAUAGGCAAAUUCGACCGCCGCGCCCUUCGUUCUCAUGUCAUGAGGGGCAAGAAUGCCGGCAGGCCACGACUUUCGACGCGAAGACAGACGAACAAUGCCCCCAUCAAGCGUCAGCUGAAGAUGCCGCGACGGGUGUUCUGGAAUGACUUCUGUCUGACCUCAUUCCCGCAAGAACUCGAUUCUGACUCCACUAGGCUCAUGCAUCGCUGGUUUCUCGACAUCAGUGACACGCUAUUCCCUCCCCAAUUCUGCUACAAGUUCGACAUCUUGAAAUCGAUCUGGGUCAACUGCAUACUGGCAGAUGAAGCAUACUUUCACUCGACCUUGGCCGUGUCGGCAUCGUACGUCGACUUCUUUGAACGGAGGCCUACCACGUCGUCAAAGACUUUACAUCACAUAUGUCAGGCUUACUCGUUGGUCAACCUCAAGCUUUCAGGCCCUCAUGCCAUAUCGGACAGCGCAAUUGCUGCCGUCGUAACCCUCGCCAUCUACCAACAGAUACACCAGCAACACUCCACCGGCCUCGUACACCUCAAAGGGCUUCAUCGAAUGAUAGAGUUGCGCGGGGGUAUUGCCAGAUUGAUGAAGGAGAACCGUCCAUUGGCCCUCAAGCCACUCAGGCUCGAUAUUGAAUUGGCCAUGCAGAACGGGUCACCCACGAUGUUUGAUAGUCGCGACGUACCCGUAACGACCGUCUUGUGCCCCUCUCGCACCGUCGCAGAACAGCUUUCUACCUGCCCCCCCGGGCUGCCCCGCAUCAUGCUAGAUCUGAUCGUUUUCGCUGGCAUCCUCAACGACAGGGCAAAGAGCGGACGAUCCAAAAUCAACCCUCUAGACUACACAGAAACGCUCAUAUCACUCCUUUACCGUCUCUUGGAAGGUGAACCUCUCAGACAGCCUCUGCUUGCUUCAGAAGGCCUCUGCGGCGACGCAGCACAUCUCGCGAUGCUGGCGUUCAUGACCGGCCUGCUUCCCAGCUACUGCCGUGACAACUUCGGUUCGUCACUUCUAUGCACUCGUCUAGGGGACGCCGUUCGAAAGCUCCAUUCGAUGCACGUAGACGCGCAGACCGGAGACGUCUCCCUACCGCUGUGGAUCUUUUUCACAAGCGGUAUCUCCGUCCUGAAAAGCAAUGACAACAGCUGGCUGCUUUUUGCAAUCGCGGCGACUUGCGAUCGCGCAGGCCUGCGUGACUGGGAGGCCGUUCGUCAUCAUCUCGGCGGGUUUCCGUGGAUAUACACACUGCAUGAUGCGCCUGCGCAGUCUUUAUGGGAGGAAGCUUAUCGUGUAGGUGUUGAAUUGGUGUCCGGCCUGUAA